AUGGAACUGUCACCUAUUGUCAAUAUUGAACAAGUUCAAUCUGAAAGCAAAGUUAAGCAGCCUACUCGUCGUCCAUUAAUUCAUGUUUUUACAGGCUUUCGUGCGUUAGCAUGUUUGUGGAUAUUUAUGUUUCAUAGUACGUUGAACAAAAUGGACGAAAUCGUAAAAUUUCAUAUUGAAUGGGUAUCAUGGAGUGGAGCGGCGGGUGUCACAUUAUUCUUCUGUUUGAGUGGUUUUGUCAUGGUUUGGACAUAUGGUGAUUGUGAAUUCAAAUCCACAAAAUGUUAUUGGUCGUUUAUUGGGCGAAGAGCAGCUCGAUUAUUCCCCCUAUAUUAUUUUUCAUUGCUUUUAUCUAUUUAUGACAUUCGAUGUGUAUGGGUUAAAGAUAAAUCAUGUACUAGAGAGUAUUUCAUACUUAUUGUAUCAACUUUAUUACCUGUACGAACAUGGAUUCCUUAUAGAUUAGAUUUUGAAAAAUGGAAUGCUGCAAUAUGGAGUGUACAAACAGAAUGGUUCUUGUAUCUUGUUUUUCCUUUUCUUCUUCGUCUAAUUCGCUAUUUAUUAAAUACAACAAAGAUUAGUCUUCUUUCAAAUGUCAAUAAUAAGACAAAAGCAUUGAUACGUUUAUAUUUCAUGUGGUUCAUAGUUCUAUGUAUUUCAACAAUACCUUUUCUAUUUCGAUUCACGAUACUUGAUCAUAUAACGAAUACAGCAUAUCAAUUUGCUUCAACAUCAGUAAUAUAUGUUUCACCUUUGACACGAAUUUUUGAAUUUACUCUUGGGAUACUGACAGGUAUUAUAUUUAUAUUAAAAUCGCCAAUAGAUAAUCAAACGAAUCAAUCUGAUAUGAAUGUAGUCAUUACUUCACUAUCAAAUGAUAAACAACAAGAGAAAAAUGAAUCUUCAUCAACAUCCAUAUCACAUACAAAUAAUAGUCAUUUAAAAUAUAAUUGUUAUUGUUUCAUGUUUGAUAUUUAUUUCUUAUUGGGAUUAUUAUUUUUUAUUUUUAUUUGUGCACCACUUCUAUUUAAUGAACCAAUGUUUUAUGGAUAUUCUUCUUUAAUAUGUAUGGGACCACUGAUUUCUCUAAUUAUGUGUACAUAUCUAUAUUUUUCUGCUAAAUAUUCUUUAUCAUUAACAUCAAGACUAUUAACAACAUCGUUAUUAAUAAAUAUGGGUGAAAUUUCUUAUGCAUUUUAUUGUCUGGUUGACACAUUGCCGACAAUAUUUUUACUAAUAUCAGGUAAAAAUGAAGACAGUGUAAUUAUGAAACUAUUUGCUGGUAUUGGCAUUGCUGUAUUUGCUCGUCAUUAUGUUGAAAUGCCUUUUUAUACAUGGGCAAAUAGGAAACUACCAAAAUGCCAAUGUCAGUGUCAAUAA